AAGCCGCUUUCCAGCUAUGUGCUUCAAGCACGGUGCAGCACAGUGUUCUGUGUUUGAAACGCAAAAGUUAGCAGCUCUCGAAGCGCAGUACGGCUGGAACACGAACACGCGCUUGAAGCAUUUGCGCGCGCAAAAGCUCGUUUGCGUGCUCAAAAGCGUCAGCUGGAAAGCGGCUUUUAAAAACAAAAAUCAAAACAAACAAGACGAUUUUGAGCUGGAUUUAUAAACUCUGACGUCCGCGCCCGCGCCCGCGCUCGCGCUCACGCCCAACAUAAAUGAAGCAGAUCACGAACAGAAUUUCAAUAAUGUCUGAACAUAUUAUUCCAACUGAAAUUGACAAUGCUGAUUCGAGCUCCCAAAGCGGAACUGGUUCGGGCAGUUCAGCAGCAAACAAUGAUGAGGAACAAAGCAAGUUAUCAAAUUCCUUAAAAAAUCUUUCCGUACAGCCACAUCCGAGAGACUAUUCUGCAGCCCUCAGAUCCAGACCAUUAACUGCAUCUGUGGAACCCUCAUUGGCAGUACCGAAACCAUCUGAUCCAGUAGAAUCUGAUACAUCUACACCUGGACCAUCCAAUAAAACAACAAAAGCCAGGGUUAAACCUGCUGCAGUAUCACUAAAAGACGAGGAUGAAAGUGAAUUCCUGAAAAACUUUGACCGGCUUGAAAGAAGGGAUAUCAACGCAAUUAUGCAAGAAUACAGUCUACCAAACAGUGACACCCUUGAAAAAAUCAUUUUAGUAAUUGAUAGCGCUCAAGAUGAAAACUAUACACCUUUUAUUGCAAGCAAUCAGAAAUACACACCUUUAAGUAUGAUUAAAAGAGCAGUAUCUAUUAUGAUCAAAUUGAAAUUGGGUAUAAAUCCACAUCACGAGUUUGCUAUAAUAGUAAUGAAGAAAAAUGAUGCUGAUCUACUUUUUGAAUUUUCGAAUGAUUAUAAAAGACUCAUCGAUUGCUUGAAUCGAAUUUCUGAAUGUGAAACUGAAGAUAUUUUUGACUUGAACACUGUAUUUCACAAAUUGGAAGACAUACCUCUUCCAAAACCUCUAGCACCAGGAUUACCACCACCAUACAAUAUACGUAUCAUAUUUUUUUAUGGUAGAUCUUUCACUAUGCCCCAAAUCACAAUGAAUGAAAAGGUAGAGGCACUUUUCAAGAAUCCUUACUUUUUUUGCGAUGUAUUGAUGACCCACGAAGUGAUAGAAGCAAGCAAUAAUUGUCAGAAAAUAUUCAACGUAUUUCAAAAUUUGGACAAGAAAGGUACUGGAUAUUUCUUUCCUGUGGGUAGGGAUGCCAGAAGAAUGCACAAGUGUACUGGAAGACUUGUGGCCCAUCCUUUGCAGAGGCCUAUCCAAAAGCUUAUCAAGAAUUAAUUAUUAUUUUUCAUUAAAUUAGGUUUAUCUAUUGUUCUUGUUUGAUUUGAUUAUUUUGAAUGUUUUUUUUUUUUUUUAAUCUUCAUAGAAUUAUUAUUGAUUUAUAAGUUCUAUUUAGUUUUUAUACUUUACUGUGCAAAUUUUGUAUUACAUUAUUAUGCCAUCAAGGAAGCAGGGAUGGCUUAUUAAAUAAAACUUGUUACCUACUUAAAUGCUAUAAAAAUUUAAUUACCAAUCCAAAAUCUUACAGCUCCAUGCUCUAUUACCUAUUUAAAUAAUGUGUGCAUUAGGAUAGGAUAUGAGGAAACGAACUUGGAGAAAAUAUUAGUAGAAUGGUUGCAUUCUAUUUUAUUAUAUGAAUAGUAAUUAACUAUAAUUUUUAGUUAUUAUAGUCCAGGCAAUCAGUAUUUUUUGCAAGAUAAAAAUAGUAUAGUUUUCAAAUUUUGACUGUUCAGA